AUGCCUGCUAAAGUUGCUCUCGCCGGUGGAAGCGGCAACCUAGGCCCAGCUGUCCUGAAUCAAUUGCUAGACGCUGGGUUCGAUGUGACAGUUCUGUCUCGUCAAAGCAGUGACAAGACCUUCGACCCAAGAGCCCAAGUCGCAAAGGUCGAUUAUGAAUCUCUUGACUCCCUCAAGAAUGCUCUGACUGGCCAGGAUGUCGUGGUCAGCACACUUGGUGUGGGUGCAGUGCCACGGGACACCCACCUCCGUCUCAUUGACGCCGCUGUCGCCGCUGGAGUAAAGCGGUACAUUCCCUCAGAAUACGGAUGCGACACGACCAAUCCCCAGACUGCCAAGCUUCCCGUCUUUGCCGACAAGGUGGCUGUCCAGGAACAUCUUAAGAAGGCCAAUAAGGAAUCUGGUCUGAGUUACUCGCUCCUCAUCACUGGCCCCUUCCUUGACUGGGGUCUCAAAGUGGGAUUCUUGCUCAACCUUUCCGGCCCUGUUGUAACAUUGUAUGAUGGCGGCGAGCGAAAAUUCAAUGUCACCACUCUCGCCGAUGUUGGUCGCGGAAUUGCUGGAAUCAUCAACAAUCUCCCGGAAACCGAGAACAAAACAGUUUACGUCAGCUCGACCUCUGUGUCCCAGAAACAGCUGUUGGCCUUGUCGGGCAAGAGUCUUGAGACGAAGACCGUUCCGGCCAUUGAUUUGGAAAAGGAUGCGUUUGCGGAGUUGAGCAAGCCGGCUCCUAACCCAGGCGUCUUUGCCCCCCUUUUCAUUCAGCGGGCGAUCUUUGGAGAAGGUUUCGGAAGCCAGUUCGAUUCCGGAAAGCUGUUUAACGAGUCGUUUGGUUUGAAGACUGUGUCUGACGACCAAAUUCGGGGCUUCUUCAACUGA